AUGUCAUACCCGAAUAGUUUAGCAUCACCAGCAACCGUUACUUCAACAUCAGUUCCAGCUGCAAAACAAUCAUCAAUUUCAGUAGCGGUUAGAGUACGACCAUUCACUGAAGCCGAAUCAAGUAAAUUAGUUAAAGUUGAUAACGACGAUGUAUUUUUAGGCGACGGGUGUCUCACCAGUGAUAACAAUAAUAAUAAUAAUAACAAUAACAAUAACAAUAAUAACACCAGUAAUGGUAAUAUGGCUAGUGCAAAUAGUGGUGGUGGUGGUAGUGGGACUGGAUCAAGACGAACUAUAUUCAAUACAUUGGGCGGGCUCCGUAAGAUCAUUAAUGUUGUUGAUGAUCGAAUGUUGAUAUUUGAUCCACCAGAAACCAAUCCGUUAACAAAAAUGCAACGGAAUGCUUUUCCCAAUAGUUUUAAAGGAUCAAGAAUCCGUGAACAUCGGUUUGUAUUUGAUCGAUUAUUUGAUGAAGAUUGUACUCAAGAUCAAGUGUAUCGUAAUACGACUCAACCAUUAUUAGAUUCAGUAUUGGAUGGAUAUAAUGCCACAGUUUUCGCUUAUGGUGCAACUGGAUGUGGUAAAACUCAUACUAUAUCGGGGACACCAGAAGAUCCAGGAGUUAUAUUUUUAACCAUGAAAGAAUUGUAUAAUCGAAUUGAAGAUUUAAAAGAUAGAAAAAUCAUUGAUAUUAGUUUAUCAUAUCUUGAAAUUUAUAAUGAAACUAUACGUGAUUUAUUAAAUCCAAUGACUCAAUGUAAAAAUUUGGUUAUACGAGAAGAUGCCAAUAAUAAAAUAUCUGUGUCUAAUUUAUCACGACAUCGACCCAAUUCUGUUGAUGAAGUUAUGCAAUUGAUUUUAGAAGGUAAUAAAAAUAGAACUUGUUCUCCAACUGAAGCAAAUGCUACAUCUAGUCGAUCACACGCGGUUUUACAAAUUAAUGUUAUACAAAAAGAUCGAACUGGUGAUAUUACUGAAGAACAUACAUUUGCUACUUUAUCAAUUAUAGAUUUAGCUGGUAGUGAACGAGCUGCUGCCACCAAAAACCGUGGGGCUCGAUUAAAUGAAGGAGCCAAUAUUAAUAAAUCAUUAUUAGCAUUAGGUAAUUGUAUUAAUGCCUUGUGUGAUCCACGAAGAAGAAACCAUGUUCCUUAUAGAGAUUCAAAAUUGACUCGAUUAUUGAAAUUUUCUUUAGGUGGGAAUUGUAAAACGGUAAUGAUUGUAUGUGUAUCACCUUCUUCACAACAUUAUGAUGAGACUUUAAAUACAUUAAAAUAUGCUGAUCGAGCUAAAGAGAUUAAAACCAAAUUAAUUAGAAAUCAACAUAAUUUGGAUCGUCAUGUGGGUUCAUAUUUGAAAAUGAUUACUGAACAAAAACAAGAAAUUGAAGAAUUACGAACUCGAGAAUCAAAAGUGAUUGAAUCAACUAUUAAUAAACGUAAAGAUUUGGAAUCUAAAAUUUUCAAAAUUUUAUUUGAAAAUCUUGAAUCAACACGUAAAGCCAUUACUAAACAAAAUCAAGAGAAAUGGAAAAAAUAUUUUAUAUUGGCGAAAAGAAAAUUAUUAUUAUCACAAAAGAUUGACACUGAAUUAUUAUUAGAACAACGAGAUGAUAUUAAUAUAAAUUCAUUAACAUCAAAUAAUGAAUCUGUUCUUAAAAUUUAUGAUUUAUGUGAACAAUUAAUUCUGAAAAUUGAAUAUCAAUUACCUCAAUUAGAAUCACAAUAUAGUCAACCAACAGAUUUAGAUUAUAUAUUAGAAGAUUCGGCAAUGCAAACAUUGAAACGAUUACAAGAGGAAGAAGGUUGGACUGAGAAUCAUAGUAUCAUAUAUCGUCAAUCAAUACAAUCCAUGAAACGUGAAGUUCAUACUGAUUUGUUAUUAUAUUCAUCGAUAUUGUAUGAUAAUUUGAUUCAUGAUUUGAGUAUAUUUUUUUAUAUUCCUCGAGAAAUUGGUAAUUUAAUUAAUAAUAUUUCUAAUCCAAUUUCAUUAAAUGAAGCUAAUCAAGAAUUAUUAUAUAAUGUGUCUCUUGGUUUAGAAAAUUUACUUAAUGGUGAAUUUGAUAGUGCAAUGGAACAAUAUGCCAUGGAUUAUAUGAAAAAUAAACUUGAAUCAGAAAAUCAAGGUAAUAAUUAUAAUCCUGAUGAAAGUAUGAUGUCAAUUGAUAAUGAUAUUAUUAUGCCAAUUAAAAAGCAACGGAUUCUUUCACCACCACGACAAUUGAAAAAACCGAAAAAAUCAACUCAAAUACCACCAUCCAUAACCAGAAUCAAUAAUAAUUCCAAUGGUAAUUCCAAAUUAAAAAAACCAAGUUAUUGGGUAGAUCGUGAUAAGAGUGAUUUGAUGUAUGAUACAAGUAUGGAAGAGAAUUCACUUAUUACAUCAGAAAUCAAUUUUGAUGAACCCGAUGGAGGAACUCCUGUAGCAAGAUCGUCCCCACCACCACUACCACUACCACCAUCAAACAAACCACCUAAUGUUUAUAAUAUAUUGGCAGAUGUCAAUGAAUUAGAUCUACCUUUUAAUCCAACAAUAGAAUCCCUGCCUACUCAAGUACCAAUUUCAAAAUUAAUGCCGCCAUCAAUUGGAAGAGAUGAGAUUGAUAAUAAUAGCAGUAGCAAUAGCAAUAGCAAUAGCAAUGACAAUAACAAUAACAAUAACAAUACAAAUAAUUUUACGAAUAAAAGAUUAUUGACUGAUCUUAAACGAAGUCGAUCACUGCUGUUAAUGCUGAAUAAAAAAAUAAUGAUGAAUUUCACUGAUUCAAAAUUACCAUUACUUAACAAACAAGCUGCAUCAAAAGUAAGUAAUGAUAAUUAA